AUUUUUCCGCACCUCUAUUGCUCUCCCUUUAAACCCUACUAGAAUCCUAUCUGAUAAUCUGCGCCAAAACAAAUCCCUAUGAUGGCUCUCUCCAAACCCACUUUCCUCACCCAUUUCAAAACCCUAGCCACUCCUUGCUACCACCGCCGCCCUCUGCCGUUUAUCACUGGCCGUUUCCUCUCCUUCGCCACGCCCGAAGAAGCUGCCGCCGAGCGUCGCCGUCGCAAGCGCCGUCUCCGCAUCGAACCACCUCUCUCCUCUCUCCACCGCUCCCAACAACAGCAACAACAACUACCCCCAAAGCCCAUCCAAAACCCUAACGCUCCGAAACUCCCUGAAACCGUUGCUGCUGUUUCUGGUAACCGUCUCAACCUCCACAACCAGAUCCUAACCCUCAUCCGAAAGAAUGAUCUCGAAGAAGCCGCGCUCUUCACGCGGCAUUCUGUGUACUCCAACUGCCGUCCGACGAUUUUCACCGUGAAUGCCGUUAUGGCGGCGCAGCUCCGUCAGUCAAAGUACUCCGAUCUUUUGUCUCUUCAUAGGUUCAUUACUCAAGCGGGUGUGGCGCCAAAUGUGAUUACUUAUAAUCUUUUGUUUCAAACUUACUUAGAUUGUAAAAAACCUGACACUGCGCUCGAACAUUACAAGCAGUUCAUAAACAACGCUCCCUUUAAUCCAUCGCCCACGACUUAUAGGAUUUUAAUUAGAGGGCUGGUGGACAAUGGGAAGCUUGAGAAGGCUAUGGAUUUGAAGGAGGAGAUGUUUGUUAAGGGUGUUGUGGCAGACCCUGCUGUUUAUAGUUAUUUGAUGAUGGGUUGUGUUAGAGCAGAUGAUCCUGAUGGGGUGUUUAGGCUUUAUGAGGAAUUGAAGGAGAAAUUGGGAGGUGUUGUGAGUGAUGGGAUUGUGUAUGGGAGCCUGAUGAAGGGUUAUUUUAUGAAGGGUAUGGAGGAGGAGGCAAUGGCAUGUUAUGAUGAGGCUGUGGGGGAGAAUUCAAGUGUGAAAAUGAGUGCGGUUGCAUAUAAUAAUGUGCUUGAUGCUUUGUGUAAGAAUGGGAAGUUUGAUGAGGCUUUAAAAUUGUUUGAUAGGAUGAUUGGUGAGCAUAAUCCUCCUAGGAGGUUGGUGGUGAACUUGGGGAGUUUUAAUGUGAUGGCUGAUGGGUAUUGUGCUGAAAGGAGGUUUGAGGAGGCUAUUGAGGUGUUUAGGAAGAUGGGUGAAUAUAGGUGUAGUCCUGAUACAUUGUCAUUCAAUAAUUUGAUUGAUCAGCUGUGUAAGAAUGGAAUGUUGGGCGAGGCUGAAAAGCUCUACAGAGAAAUGGGGGAGAAGGGGGUGAAUCCGGAUGAGUAUACUUAUGGUGUUUUGAUUGAUACUUGUUUCAAAGAGGAUAGAGUUGAUGAUGGGGCAGCAUACUUUAAGAAGAUGAUUGAAUCAGGCUUGAGGCCUAACUUGGCUGUUUAUAACAGAUUGGUUGAUCAGUUGGUUAAAGUGGGGAAGAUUGAUGAGGCGAAGUCAUUUUUUGAUAUAAUGGUGAAGAAGCUGAAGAUGGAUGAUGCAAGUUAUAAGUUUAUCAUGAAGGCAUUGAGUGAUGGGGGCAAGUUGGAUGAGGUGCUUAAGGUUGUAGAUGAAAUGUUGGAUGAUGAUGGGGUUGAGUUUAAUGAGGAGUUGCAGCAAUUUGUGAAAGGGGAACUGGGGAAGGAAGGUAGAGAAGAUGAUUUAGUGAAGCUUAUGGAAGAUAAGGAAAGGCGAAAGGCCGAAGCAAAGGCUAAAGAAGCAGAAGCUGCGGAAGCUUCCAAGAAGAGUGCAAGAGAUGCCAUAUCUUCUUUAAUUCCAUCAAAAUUGUUCGGUAAAAAAGACAGAACAGAGAACCCUGAAAAUGCUAAUGUGGUUGAGGCUUCUACUGCUGAUUCUAUUGGCAAUACAGAAGCUGGGAAAGAGGAGGUUGAAGAAGCAACUGUUUCGGCAAACUCAGAAGAAAUCAAUAGUGAGGAUAUAGAAGAAAUAGCUAGUAAAAAUGACGGUGAAACUGGAUUAAAUGCAUGAAAGUAUUUACGGGGAAUGGUAAUAUUUUGUGUUUCAUCUCUUGAUUGAAAAAUAGUUAGAGCAUGAACCUAAUGAUUCUUCUUCUCUAGUUAAUUUAUACCCAGUAAUGUGGAAUGCUUGAAACUUGGAGGGUUCAUCUAAUUUUUCUGUAGAUUGGCACAGAUUUCUUAUUCUCCAUUGUAGCACUUUUAUGUAUUGAAACUUCCACAGUGGAAGCAACAACUUGAACCAUGAUAACAGUUAUUUCUACUAAUAUAUAGAAGCGAUUCUGAGCCCUGAAA